UGUUCUUUCUUGAGUAUAGAUGUGACAUUUUUAUCUUAAUAUGACUGAAAUACGACCACUAAAUGAAGAAUUAAAAGCAAUUGCCAAGAACGAGUUAAAUGAAGUUGAGAGUCGUAUAGUUGAAGAUAUUUCAACACUAAGAACAUGGAUCCAAAAACAACCACAUUUGAGGGCUCGUACGGAUGACCAAUUUUUAGUAACUUUUUUAAGAGGCUGUAAAUAUAGUAUGGAAAAAGCUAAAUCAAAAAUUGACUAUUACUAUACUAUCGGAUCGUUAUUGCCUGAAUUGUGUACGAAUCUUCAAGUGAAUGAAAAAAUUAUUCAAUUUGGACGUGCAGGUUGCUUUGUAGUGCUUCCGAAGCCCCUUGGCGGAAUGGGCGGCCAUCGUAUACAUCUAACAAUUUAUAAGAAUUUAGAUCCAAAUAAACACCAUUUAGUUGAUAUGCUACAAUAUCAAACACUGAUUAAUAUGUUUGAGAUAAAUAUGGACGACAAUUGUGCCAUUAGUGGUGUGACUGAAAUUGUGGAUUUGUCCAAACUUAACAAAGCAAUUUUAAAGGAAUUUGAUCCAAUAUAUUCUAAAAAAUUAAUAACUUUUUACAAUAAGGCGCAGCCACUGCGCAUGAAAGGAUUCCACUUUCUUAAUUGUCCAAAGGAAGGAGCAGCGUUUUUAAACAUUGCGAGAAGUUUUCUAAAUGAAAAACUAAAACAACGAUUUUUCAUUCACAAAAGCCUAGAAGAUCUUUAUAAAGUAAUACCAAAGGAGAAUCUACCAAUUGAAUAUGGUGGUACCAAUGGUUCUAUACCGGAGAUUCAAGCAGAUAUGGAAAAAAAACUUUUAGACUUUAAUAAUUACUUCAUGGAAGAGACGAAGUAUGGAGUGGAUGAAGAAUUAAGAAUUGGUAAAAAGAUAAAUAGUGAAACUCUGUUUGGCAUUGACGGAUCAUUUCGAAAAUUAAAUAUUGAUUAACUUUUUUGUUAUUGAAAUUUUACACGA